GACGCACAGGAAGUAGUGCGGGAAUACAAAAUGCCUCCGACUAGAAAACGGGCCUUAAAUUUUGUUCCGGAGUGGCUGUUCUGACUUUUUUUUUAGCAUUCGUUGCAUCGGUGGGAGAGUGCAGGAAGCGACUGACAAUGUUUAAGGCUGGACUGAGACAGUCCAGGGACGGCGGCGUAAACUGAGGGGGAGGAGGAGGAAGUUACCAACCGGAGAGAAUCUUCAUCUUGCGACUGUCUGGAGGGAGAAAAUGCAAGCUACAGUGCGGAAGCGGCAGAGUUCUGCCUUGCAGCCAUCCACCUUUCACACUAGCAGACAUGGGUCAAGGGAUACAGAAUCCUCUCCGAAGAAGCCACAGUUCCAUCUGGACCUGUGGUUCUACUUCACCCUGCAGAACUGGGUCCUGGACUUCGGGAGGCCAAUUGCCAUGAUCAUUCUACCUUUGGAGUGGUUCCCCCUCAACAAACCAAGUGCUGGAGAUUACUUCCACAUGGCCUACAACGUCAUCACACCUUUACUGCUACUCAAGCUGAUUGAGCGCAGCCCAAAGACCCUUCCCCGCUCUGCGGUGUACCUCUGCAUCGUCACAUUCGUCAUGGGCGCCAGCAUCCACCUGGUUGGCGACUCCAUCAACCAUCGUCUGAUCCUGAGUGGCUAUCAGUUGCACCUGUCCGUCAGGGAGAACCCCAUCAUCAAGGAUCUAAAGCCUGCGUCCCUGAUUGAUUCCUUCGAACUUUUGUAUUAUUACGAUGAAAACCUGGGCCACUUAAUGUGGUAUGUUCCCUUCUUCCUCAUCUUCUUCCUGUACUUCACUGGCUGCUUCACUCAAGUCCGGGAAGAGAACACGAUGCCCCUCUCUGCCUGGCUGCUGCUGGGCCCCAGCGGCCUUUACUAUUGGUACCUGGUGACAGAGGGCCAGAUCUUCAUCCUCUUCAUCUUCACCUUCUUUGCCAUGAUGGCCACCGUGAUACAUCAGCGGCGCAAGGGCUUUGUCCCCGACAGCAACGGCCUCUUCCUCCUCUACAGCUUUUCCCUCACCCUGGGACUGGUGGCCGUCUGGGUGGGCUGCCUGUGGCACGACGAGGUCCUGCGCAAGAAGUACCCGGGCGUCAUCUACGUGCCCGAGCCCUGGGCCUUUUACACUCUGCACAUCAAGGACAGCCAAUAGCAAACAGGUCAGCACUGCAGGCCACGCCCAUGCACCUGGUGUAGUCAAGGGGAGCAGACAAAUCUCUGCAGCAAGCUAAUUCCCUUCUAUGCAAAACAAAUGUUUCAACAUCUGAAGGAAUUUCUGGGCUGUGCCAAGGACACACAUGACCUCUGACCUGCGUGACCUGGAUGACAGAGGUCUUUGUCUUUUUUUCUUGAUGUUGAUUGGUGGAAGCAAGCUGUUGGUUUGUUGUCAGUAUUGCACUCUGGCUGUCCACCCCUUGUCCUGGUAGUGCUUCCUGGAGGGGUUGUCCUUGUAUUCUGCUCCUAAACAAUGUGGAAUGAUGGGAAAGAUGUCAUCAGCAGGUUCUGCCGGCGGUGCGUAGUGCAGGGUGGGUACUACCUGUGCUGUCCUGGGACACCUGGUGCUCUAGCUUCACCCCUGCAUCGCCCACUCUCUCCCAUCCUUUCCUCUCUUAAAGGAUAAAGAGCAAACUAUGUUGUUUCCGAUAGGAGCAUGUACUGUUUGUAAUCGCUUAUUUACAGUACAAGCCUGUUCAGCAGUCUGAGGAGAGGCCAAGGGUUUCUAAAAAAUGUUUUUGUACUUUCUUAUAGGCAAAUGUUUGCCCUUGUUUAAGUUUAAUUAUCAAACAGCUCCACUGCACCCCAACCCUCUAUGUGUGCCCUGUUAACAUUACAGUCAAUCUGACUGCAGUAUGCAGAGACAGCACAGCAUCUUCCCUGAAUGUAAUGUAUGUUUUCUAUUCAUCUGUUUUUUUUUCCUUUAACACAUUUGCCUUCAGUGCAGCCAGAUUGGUAUAAAACCAUGUUCCUAUUGA